CCGCCCCACACACACACAUACCACUAGCACACAUACCACUAGCACCACCCCGCUCACACUCCGCACAAAGAAGACACGGGAAAGCAUGGCCAGUCCGACGAUGACCGUCGAUCAAAAGAACGCGCUCGCCCGCGCACAGGUGAACCUGGAUGUCCUCUUGGCCAAUGCCACAUCUGCCAAGGCCCAGGCCGGUCGCAUGCUCCGGACCGAGGGACAGGACUACCUGAAGCUCGUGGCUUUGGCGGUGUCUCUCGGUGAGACGCUCGGGGGUUUGCUCCAGACGCAUUUCCAUGUCCCGGUCCAGCCGUCGGAGGCCAAUCUCGGUCCCAAUGAGGUGGCCCUCGACCUGGCCAAUAUCGAUGCUCGGUUUGGCUUGCGCUUUGGUCCGCUCCCGGGCGUGGCUGCCAAGAGCAUUCCCCAGCCUGACUACGCCGACGACUCGGAGGAGGCGGCCGACGCUUUGAUUGCGGCAGACGAUGCCCAUGUCGCUGCCAUGGAAGAUCCCCUGGGCGCGCGUACCUCCGGUCUUUUGGCCGAACUUGCGGCCCUGCGUUUGGCGGAGGAUGUCGAUGUGACGCGACUCCGGUCGGCUAUUUCCUAUAUGGCAGCCAUUUCUGGGACUCGGUUUGGCGAGCAGCCCAAGUUUGACGGCGCCCUCCCGUGGAGUGUUGGCCCGAAGGACACCUCCGUGUCCGGGGACAUCGCUGUUCCGAGCUUCACUCUGCCCUGGCUGAUGGCCUGCUUUGGCAACGGCCUGGCGCUCUUUUCCGACGGGCACUUCCAUGCGGCCGCACUCGCCCUCGACUCGGUGCUGCUUCUGCUUCGGGCGCUCAUCUUCCCGGAUCUGAGCCUGCUCAGCCUGAAUGCCGAGCAGAUGCCCAUGGUUGACCUUCUGCGUGGCUUGACUGACCCGGUCAAGCGUCGCCAAGCCUCUGUCUGGCUGGAGGCCGUCCUCUACCUGCGCAUUUUUGCCCUUUGGGCUGACACUGACCUUGCUGGCGCUCUCUCCGCCUGCCGAGACUACCUGUCGCUCAUGCACUGGGUGUCCUUCGGGUCGCCAACCAGCGACAACUCCAUCCAGUGUGGCCACGCCUUCACCCUCUUCGAGGAGAAUCAAAUCGGCGAGUACCCCUGGCUGUACAAUGUUCCCCAGCUGGAUCGUCCACUGGAGGGGACUUUCCCUCAGGGCAAGUUCCUGAUCCCAGCCACGGACCCGCGGCGGCUGGUCUCCGUGUUGGCGCUUUUCACCCAACUGCUUGCCCUGUCCCAGGAGCGCGGCAGCUCCGAUCCUCUUCCCCUGUACGCCAUGUGUCUGGCUCACGCCCUCCCCUGGCUGCAGUACAUCUCGCUGGACUUCGAGUCGCGCCACGACAUGUGGCCCCUGUCGGUUGAACAGGCGCUCGGCAUUCUCGAGGCCGGUCUUCAAUUGGCCGGGCCGAUUCUCGGUCUGGACCUGAUGCAGGACUUUGGCACGGCCCCGGGCUGCCUGGCGCCGCUGGUGACGCAGGUUGCCCUCGAGCGACUCCAGCACACGGGCCGCCACAGCUUGGCCGAGGAGAGCCUCCAAACGAUGACCCUGCUGGCUGGGCUGCGCACUCGUACCGUCCUCUCCCGUGCGGCCUACAUGUCCGGCGGUUCGGCCGAACUGCGCCAGCAGGCCGACAACUGCCGGCUCUUCUUCGCCUUGGCCCUUCUCCGGAGCAACUACCCCCUUGCCUCGGCCAACGAGCUGAAGAGCGCCGGACUUCUCCAGAUGGAGUUGGGCACCUCCUCUGCCGACCAGCCCCUGACCUUGGGGUCGGAGGACAGUUGGUGCAGCCUGUUGCAGGCGCACAUCCUGUCGGCGGCCCUGCGCACGGCGGCCUUGGUGCAUCUGGCGCAGGUGGAUGCCGAAGCCGACGCGGUGCGCCUCGGCCCGGCCACGCUUCCGCCUCUGGUCCCCAGUGACCCGGCGACCGCCGAGCCGCAGUACUAUCUUGCCACGGCCGCGGGGCUGGCUCUGGGCGCCUUCCAUGCCUUGACUCGUGCUCUUGGGCGUCUGGCUCCGGGGGACGCUGCCCCGGCUGCUGGUCGCGUGGAUUUGGCCCUGCUACGGGCAUCGCUGGCUCAUGGGGCGGCCGUGUGCCAGCUGCAUCUGGCCCGUGGCGCGGACCCGGCGGUCCGACUGGCCGCCCUGGCCCUCGGCCACCGGGUGGUCGCCACUCCUGGGGAUGAUCUGCCGUAUGGGGGCCCCGCGCGUCAGGCCCUGCUCGCCAGCGUGGCCGACCUCCUGGAGGAAGUCCUGCCGGCUGAGAUUGCGGACGCCGACCAACUUGAGACUGUCAAUUUGGCGGAUCGCGAUGGCAAUUGGCUCUUUGUCAUCGCCUCCAGCCUGUACCACCUUGGCCUGGCGCAUUCGGAGAAGCGCGACGUACGUUGCCCAGUCGCGAGAUGGGCCGACCUUGGAACAUGGGACCCUGUCACCCACGCAUACAUGUCCCCGUUCUGUCUUGCCCAUGAAUGGCAGAUGCUGACCUGAUGUGCCUUCUUUCUCCGGGGGGGGGGGAGGGGGCCCUCUCCGACCCUGGCAGAUUGCCCGCGCCAUUUUCUUUGCCCGGCGCGCGGCCCUGGUGUGCCGCACUUCCGGCGACCUUCCGGACGCCAAGUACCCCGAGCUGGCGGUCAUUCGCCGGUCGGUUUGGUACCUGCUUACCAUGCUCCUGACCACGCCAGAUGCCGUGUCGCUUGUGGGCUUGCGCAAUGACCAGGAGACCAAUCGGCCGAUGGCUGGUGGAUUGGCCUCCGCUUGGCGUGCGUGCCUCGCGGCCCAGGCAGCCUGUCAUGUCGAUGGGGAGCAUGCCCAUCCGGAUCCUGUCUUCCAUUUCCAGGAGGCCAUCAUCGAGGCGUCGCUGGCGUGCCAGUGCUCCUUCGACGGGACUCGCGAGGAGGAGGCCGACCAGCUGCUCCGUGCGUCGGGUCAGCAUCUCAAGCAGGCAUUCGCCCUGGUGGCCAAGGCCAAGGCUCCCGGCAUGGUGAAGCUUAACGCCUGGCUGGUGGCCACGCAUGUGUAUAUCCUCCUGUUGGUGGCUGCCAGUCCCGGAUAUUUGGAGCAGUCAAGCCUGGUGUCCGAAGCCCAGAAGUGCCUGGACUUCAUCUCCACCCUGGUGAAGUCGGCCCAGCUGGAUGACCGCACCUAUGCGGCGCGCGUUUGGCUCACGCUGUCCAUCCUUGCAGUUGCGCUGGGGCAGUCGCAGCGUGCCAUGGAGCACCUGUCUCUGGCCUCGUCCUUCGCUCCCGGUGGGAAUGUGGCCUCGGUGGCGCCGGCCCUGGCGGCCUUGGUUCACUCGAUGCUGGUGCCGGAGGAGGGUGCCACGCGCAUUCGCGGAACGACCGCUUCUCCUGAUGCUGGCAGCCCCGAGCUGGAGGGCAUCCACCAUGGGCCUGGGGAUGAGUCGGCCGCCAGUGUGCGCCUGCGCAUCCGCCACUUUGCCGGGCGCCUGACCAUGUCCACCGGGGCCGGCAUCGACGCGCCUUUCGGCGACAUCGGCGUGGCCCGGCCGGCUGACGCGGCUCCCAAGCACAAGGCCAGCCUGGAGGCUCAGUCAUCGAGCCCCAUUCCCCCGAGCAGCUUUAUUUCUCUGAUUCUGGGCUCCGCAGCCAGUGUUUCGACUCUCUUCCCGGUCCCGGUGGUCGGGUGAGUGGAAUAAGAAGUCGGCAUGGUGCAUGACCCCGCCUGUGGGUGUGCACGCCGGUCUCGCGCUGCGUGUAUUCCCCUCGCACGCCAGCACGGUCUUCCCCCCUCCUCCUCCUCCUCCUCC